AUGUUGAUGUUGCUCGUUUGUCUCAUGGUGAUUCCCGAAGCACUGUUUCAGGAAGAAAAACCGCCUAAUGUGACCUUUAUAUCCCUCACCUGGAGCGAAAACGCAAAACCAUGUGACUUCACUAAACUUCGGGUGAUUGGCCGAGAAAGUUUAGUAAAUGGGACUUUUGAAAUUCUCGAGGACAUUGAGGAUGAGCACUAUAAAUUCGCUUGUGAUUAUUAUUCGGAUCUCGAUCGCGACGGCAACUUUAAGCUAUUGCCCUUAGUAUCGCUGCCACCUCAAGGAAUUUGCACGGUGGUUAAGGAAUACGGACACUACUUAGCGGAUAGUAUUCGGUAUCCAAUUAACACAGAUCUUUUUGUUAACGAGUCGGCCUGCACCAUUCCAAAGGGAGUUUACUUUUUGAAGGACGCUGCCUUUAAUGUGGACAGAUGGUUCUACUCCAGCGGAAUUAUGCGAUUCGUUGGGAAAUUCUUUAAGGAUGGAGAGCUAAUUGGUUCUUAUAAUAUUACCGUCUCCAUUGAUUGA